CUUAAUCUUGGAACAAUCACAUGUGUGAAUCCCGAAUGUUUGGGUGUAUUGCAAGAUCACGGGAUGCCAACGCAUCAAUGAACAUGAUUAUAUCUGGAUUACAACAAAGAGUUAUAUGGUUCUGUGCCGUCUCCUUUCCGUCGCUCCUCUUCUUCCUCUUGAAUAUGACUCAGCAACUGAAUUUUGUGCACCCCCUUCUGGAAACAAUAUCUUGUGGUUAUACAUCAACUCCUCUUUUUGUAACAUAUUUCAUCCUGGAAUGGUUGUGGAUAUGUUCACUUUGCCUUGUGCCAGUUGGAAAUUUUUAAUU